UUGCAAGUGGGUGCAAAUAGCAAUAUAUUUCCAAACAAAUUAUUUGUUAAAUCUCUUGUAUUUGAUUGAAAGUUGCGUUAUGUUUGCUUCGAAGGAGAUUACCUCGGAUCACAAGGACUUAAUUCAUGAUGUUGCGUUUGAUUUUCACGGUCGAAGAAUGGCCACUUGCUCAAGCGAUCAGACGGUGAAAGUGUGGGAUAUCAGUCAGGACAAUGAGUGGAAAUGCACUGCCAGUUGGAAGACACAUUAUGGUUCUGUGUGGCGUGUGACAUGGGCACAUCCAGAGUUUGGACAAGUGCUAGCCACCUGUUCUUUUGAUAACACAGCAGCUGUUUGGGAGGAACAAAUUGCAACAGAAACGCGAAGAGGGACUGGGACACAGAGAGGGCAAAGCUUCUGGGAAAAAAAGGCUGGAUUGGUGGACAGUAGAACAUCCGUGACGGACGUAAAAUUUGCACCAAAACAUAUGAACCUCCAGCUAGCCACGUGUUCGAAAGAUGGUACAAUACGAAUCUACGAAGCAGUUGAUGUUACAAAUCUUAGUCAUUGGACGAGGAUGCACGAAAUCAAAAGUAAAAAAAACUGUUGUUGUUUAUCAUGGAACCCGUCAAGAAAUCACGCAGCCAUGAUCGCGGUUGGCAGUGACGAUGCCAGUCCUUCGGAAGGAGGCAAAGUACAAAUAUUCGAAUACAACGAUGGAUUAAGAAAAUGGCAGAAAGUCGAAACGUUGAACGCAAUCACAGAACCAGUGCACGACGUCGAGUUCGCGCCAAAUUUGGGCAGGUCUUAUCAUUUGCUUGCCAUCGCGUGUAACGAUGUUAAGAUUGCGUCUCUAGAACCGAAUAAACAAGCGGGAAAAGAUUCUAACUACCCGAAAUUUACUGUCAACAUGGCAGCGCAGUUUAAAGAACAUGGCAAAGUGUGGAGAGUGCGCUGGAAUGUAACUGGGACAAUAUUGGCUUCUUCCGGAGAUGACGGUUGUGUUCGCCUUUGGAAAGCAAACUAUCUGGAUAACUGGAAAUGUAUUGGUGUAUUGAAAGGCAAUGGCAGCCCUGCCGAAGUGCUGGGAUCAAGUGUACCCACUGGCUACUGAGAUUUCAGUUGUAUCUUAAGGAUAUAAAUUAAAAGCAAGUUACAGGCUUUGCUUAAAAGCACUCUCGGAAAUAUUUUCCAAUGUUACUGUAUCUAGUACAGAUAUGAUUCUUCCGGUUGGAAAAUAACAAAUCAUUACCAAUGUGAAUAUUCUAAUGAUUUUGAAAUUUUAAAAAUGUUCUAUUUUUCAAACAUA